CACACAUCCAAAACAAUGUUUAUUUUAUAACUUUUUAUCGUGACAUUUACAUUAAUUGAUAUAUUUCGUGAUAUUAAGAGGGUUUUAAUAAUUGAAAUGAGAAUAAGUUUUGGUUUUAGUUAUUUCUACAGUUGUUGACGUCGAAGAUGUAUCGAAUUUUAUUUGUGCUACUGAAUUUUUCGCAAUUUAUAUAUAGCGAUAAUAAAUUAACACGUCCAAAUCUUUUAGAAGAUCCUUCAUGUCCUCAAUUAAAGAACUUGUGCAGCAAUUUGGUUAGCAAUAGUGAAGAUUUAUUAGUUUUAGAGUGCAUAGAUACUUUCCAAACAUCAGAAUAUGACUUAAAUAUUGACUCAUCCUGCCAGCACACAAUUUAUACAAGAAAAUCUGAACUUAUGAAAGAUAAUAACAUUUAUGAAUUGCUGGAAAAGAGUUGUUCAAAAGAUUUAAAUGCAUUGCGACUUCAAUGUAGUCCAGAAAAGAGCAGCACAGAAUUUUCUGGAAAAUACUUAUCUUGUGUGCUUGACAAUCGAGAUGUUAUUAAAGAUCCAAUAUGUAAAGGACAAUUAGCUCGAAUUGAAACAGUGGCAUUCAGUGACUUCAGACUUAUUCCUAAAUUCCUUCAAAGCUGUUCCCAAGAUAUCGAAAAAAGUGGAUGUGGCAGAUUAGCAACAAGAAACUCAAAAUCAACUCAAGGCGAAACGUUAGCAUGUUUGCAGAACAAUGUUGCUGAUUUGUCAGCGAAUUGCAAGAAAGAAAUUUAUCAUGUCUCUGAACUUCAAGCAGAUAAUAUCAAAUUUGAUCGACAACUUUACAUGUCCUGUAGCGCUGAUGUUAAAAAGUUCUGUGGUGAUGCAAGAGGCUACGAAAUCUACAAAUGUUUGAUGCUUAAUAAAAAUUCACCACAAAUGACGAAGAAAUGUGAAAGCCAAUUAAAUCGCAGAUCAUCAUUGAUAGCUCAAGAUUACAGAAUCAGUAAAGGACUUGCGAAAGCAUGUAAAGAAGAUAUAAAACUUAACCACUGCAGAAAAGGUGUUUCUGAUGACAAAGACAUAAGACUCGCACAAAUUCUUUUAUGUCUUGAAGCAGCUAAUAAAAACAAUACAAAGAUCCUUCCUGAUUGUCUUGCUGAAAUUCUCGACCAUCGGAAGAUGCUGAUGGAAGACUACAAGCUUUCUCCUGAAAUUAUUAUCGAUUGUGCUGAUGAGUUGGACCGAUUUUGUCACAGCAUUGAAGGAUCGAAAACAAUUCAUUGUUUGAUGGAACAUGCAAAGCCAAGACGAAAAAAAGAUCUCAGAAUAUCAGCUCAAUGUUUGAGGGCUGUUGAGAAUUUAAUAAAAGUCAGCGACGUCUCAGAAGAUUGGCGUGUGGAUCCAGUAUUGAGAAAUGCUUGUAAAUCUGUUGUUGACACAGCUUGUUCAGCUGAUAUUGGAGGCAACUCACGUGUCAUGUCAUGUUUGAUGGAAAAACUUGGAACAAUUUUCAUGACCCAAGCAUGUGAAACUGCACUUUUGCAGAUUCAAUAUUUCACUGCCAGAGACUUUAAACUUGAUCCAAUGUUGUAUUCGCAAUGUAAAGAUGAUGCAAUAAGAUUUUGUCACGCGAAAAAAACAUGGGCCGAUCUUGAUACGGAACAAAUGGAUCCUGAAAGAGGUCCCUUUGUACUGCCUUGUUUACAUCGUUAUGCUUAUCAUCCUGAUGCCAACAUGCAACUUAGUCAAAAUUGCUUUCAAGAAGUCAAACGUGUCAUGCGACAACGCGCAGUUUCAGUUGAUCUCAUUCCAGAAGUUGAAGAUGUUUGUUUGGAUGAUUUGGCCUCAUUUUGUUUCGAUAAGACACAAAAAGGUCAAGAAAUGGAAUGUUUACAAAAUCAUUUGGAAGAAUUGACGAAAAAUUGUAAAAAAGCUGUGACUACAUACACGGAAGAAGAGUCAGCUCAUAUUGAAUUAAAUCCUUUAAUAAGAUCAACUUGCGGUGAACCUUUGGAAAAACAUUGUGGAAAUAUUUAUUUGGGAAGAGAAGAUGGCGAUAUCAUGGAAUGUUUAAUUGCAUUAAAAGGGGAUGUUCUCAAAAGUUAUCCAAAAUGUAAAGCAGCUGUUGAACAUUUCCAAUUAAUUUCGUUGAAAAAUUACAUUUUUACGAAUAAAUUCAAAGAAGCAUGUCGCCCUUAUGUCAAUAGAUAUUGCCAAAAUAGCAGCACUAAAUAUGACGUCGUAUCAUGUUUGAGUGAAAUCAUCGCGAAAGACACGAUACACGAUCAAAAGCAUUCAAUACCGAAGCUAUGUCGUGAACAAGUUCGUUCUCAACUCUUUCAACAACGUGAAAAUAUUGAUUUAAAUCCGAAAUUGAAAAAUGCUUGUAAUAAAGAUAUUAAGUCAUUUUGCAAAGAUGUUGUACCGGGAUCGGGCCAGGUUCUUGAGUGUUUAAUGUCGAAACAGAGUGUAUUAAGCACCGAUUGUAAACACGCUCUCUUCACUGUGAAGAAAUCGGAACUUACAGACAGUCGAACUGAUUUCAAGCUCAUGAGUACAUGUAAAGGAAUGUUAAAGCAAUUUUGUCCUGAUAUUGUUGAAACUGAUAUUCUCAAUUGCUUGAAACUCCACAAAGAUGAAGCCAUGUUUGAUGAUCAAUGCCAUAUGGUCGUUGUUAAUCGGUUAAUAACGAAAAGUCAAGAUUAUAGGUUUAAUCCGGAACUGCAACAUUCCUGUUCAAAAGAAAUAGCUGAUUAUUGCACACGUGAUGUCGCUGAAGCCAAAGAAGAUGAAGAAUUAAAUGGGAAAGUGAUAAAUUGUUUGAAGAAGAAAUUUAGACAAGGGAAACUUGCUAAAAAGUGUGAAAAGCAAAUGACCGUCAUUCUGCAUGAUCAAGCUCUGAAUUAUAAGUUGAAUCCAUUAUUGGCGAUCGUGUGUAAGUCUGAAAUUGACCAACUUUGUCCUUUCGUUGAUGAUGAAGAAGGUCAAGUAGAAGAAUGUCUGAAAAAGCAAUUUGUAAACAAGAAAAUUAUUGCGAAACAAUGUAAAAUUGAAAUUGCAACACUCAUACAAGAGGAAAAAGCUGAUAUUCAAGCGGAUCCGAUAUUAUUCAACAGUUGUACAGCUGACUUAUUGAAGUUUUGUUCUGGUGUUGAUGGUGGAAAUGGAAGACAAUUGAAGUGUCUACAAAUAAUUUUAAAUGACGAAGCUAAAUCACAAGCACUUGAAAUUGAUUGUAAAGAAAAAUUACAGCAAAGAAUUGAGAUGUUUAAGAAUGCAGCAGCGGUUGCACCACCAGCUGAGAGUUUGUCUGAUUUGUAUGAAUCUGUAGUUACAUCACCAUCAAGAAAAUACUUCAUGAUGCUAAUGUUAUCCUUUAUUGGAUUCAUUUUCUUCGUUGGACUUAUUUUUGGUCGAAUUAUUGUUCCACGAAGACAUAUUGCAUUAAAAAAUAAAUGAUUUUUGUACAGAAGAAAACUUCGAGCAGCUUACACUGAAGUCAAUACUAGGAAAAGAGAUGAUUAAGAAAAACUUUUGUAUUUAAAUUUGUUCUUUUGCUUGAUCUUUAAUAAAUGUUAAUUAAUUAAA